GAUCUACAUAGCUUGGAAAACAUGGAGCUAGAAGAGAUAUCCAGCAAAAUAUCUGAUCUAGACAAGUGGAGAAAGAUCUUUAGUUGUCAUGGAUUGGAAAUCAGCCGCGCCACCCAUCAGAAGUGCCAAGACCACAAAUCGGAGGACGACAAAGAGGACGCAGCUGCAGCGUCGCAAAUGACAAACCCCCUAAAGCAAAGCCGUUUCCCAUCCAAUAUUCUUUAUUCGAUUCCCAAAGCUCUCAUCGUCUCAUCGAACCUCGGAGGGCGGCCCAUCUCACUGGAAAUGGCAGUGGGACUACGGAGGAUGUUAUUUGGAAGCACAUAUCAAGUCUUCAGCUAUGAAUGGAAAAGAGCAUAUUUCAGAUUCCACGAACCUUAUACUGAUUUGGCCUAUGCACUGGAGACAGAUAAGGGAGGAGCAGUAGCUGUUCAGAUGGCUGUUCAAGUGAACAUCAUUAAAUACUUGUUGUUUGUACAAAAUAAAGAAGAAAAUAUGCGCCUACAAAGUUUAUGUGAAAUAAGCCAAAAAGAACAAGAAAAGGCUCUUGCAGCAGCCUUGGCUGAUAUUCUGUGGGUAGCAGGAGAAGGUCAGAAAGCUACUGUCUGCCUUGUCACCAGUGAUACUUAUUUUACUCCCAGUAUAGACUACAAAGCGGAUCACUUUACUGAAAGAGUUCAGCUGUUUGACUUUUUUGAGAAGGAAACAGCUCAGCAGUUCCUCUGCGAUCACAUACACUGUCUGAACUGUGAAGGAAGUCAUGGAGUGAUUCUAUUUCUGUACAGCUUGCUUUUCUCAAGGACAUUUGAAAGGCUGCAAAAAGACCUUGACUGUACCACAACUCAUCUGUUGCAAUGCAGGCUUGGAAGCUUCAUCUGCAAACAAGCCAUUCUGAACAUCAUCUUAACAGGCAGAGCUUGUCCACACGUGUUUAAUGGGUUCCAGAAACUUGAGGCGGAAGGCAAUGUGCAAAAGCAGCUGCAUGGCGUCUUGUCCCGCAGUGAGGUGGGCUAUUUACACUGGAGCAAGGAAGAAGUGGAACAUUACAGAUUCCCACAGGUUGGCAGCAUGCUGAAAACUCCUAAAUUGCCUGUUUGGUUGUGCAACAUCAGUGGAACAUACAGUGUCCUUUUCAGCACUAACAGGCUGCUCUUGUCCGACUGGAAAAUGGAACACCUCUUUGAUUUGUAUUUUUAUAAUGGACAGCCCUCGCAGAAGACAACAGUGCAUCUAACAAUAGACACCCAUUCUCAUCACUGGGAGGAAAAUCACCGUGAGGAGGACGGCGAUGCGGAAAAGCGAUUCCCUUCUGUGGAGAUGGCCAUCCGAACGAAGUGGGAGGGUGCUGCUAUCAAUUGGAACGGCGUGGUCCCCUUCUUCUGAAGAUAGUGAGUGAGGGCACAGAGCUGGUCCGCAGGCUCUCUUGCACGGAUCCUGCAGCCCAGGCCUGGAGGAAGAAGAAAGGAAACUGCUACCAAUGGACAGCUCAAUGGGCCUGCCAGUUUGGACUUCCAAUCUGCAUUUGGUAAAUAAAUUAGCUGUGCUUAUGGGAUAAGCAAAAGACAAACUGUGCAACAUGUGGACACACAGAGAGAGAACGCUGCAAGCUAAACACAGAACUGAGAUAAAAUCGAGUAUAGCAAGACAGUUUUACACACACACACACACACACACACACACACACACACACACACACUGCUGUGAACUUUUGCUUCUCCCACCAGCCGGGCCUCAUGGAAGGGUGCUGCCUGUCAUGGAAAUAUAAUUGGUGUGAAAUGACUGAGGACCUAAAGUCAAUUAGGAAUGUUGGAAGCGACAGAAUGAAGUCAUGACCCCACCGUUUCAUAUCUUCAUGAUGAUUUCUCCCUGUUGUUGAAAAUUAUUACUGUUUCUGUUGUUGAAUUUUUCUGCUGCCAGGAUGCACAGUCUGUAGCGUACAGAAGUCCCAGCCCAGAGUUCUUUGAGUCAGAAUGUCUGCAGUCCAUUCCUAAGAAGCAUAUACAUUUGGAAUUCAAUUUAAUUAAGUGGCAAUUACUGUGGCUGAGCAUGGGUGAAAGGGCACUUUAAACUUGACAAAUAUGUGAAUCGACAUAGAGAGAGUGAUGAGGUUUAACAGAUCAUGUGAGUCUAGCAGUUCAACAUGUGCUUUGAAAGGGGGGAAAUUACUUUUUUUAAACUUUUGGAGGAAAGGGAGGUGAUUCAGUGGGUUGGACACGGAAGGAAAAAUGGAUAGGAUAAUUUAGGCAAAAAAGAUAGAGGUGUCCUUUUUCCUACAUCAAAUAAAAUCUAAGUAGCUAAAAGCUUGGAUACAAAUGUUUUUUUAAAAAAGAAAAAGGUUUGUGAGAAACUUGCAAGAGAAACAUAAUACAAAUUAAGGGUGUGUCUAAGCAGUAUUUAAAACAAUUUGCACACAUGGAGGAAACUGGAUAGCAAACCUUUUAAAGAAGUAAAAAGAACUUAAAUUGUUUUGUAAACUAGGGCAGAAAAUCAGUAGUGGCUUUGAAAAUCGCUAGAUAUGUUUUUCCCCUUUUGACCUCAAUAUAUGACAAGGGCACUGUAAA